AUGAUGGCCCUUGAAGCUACCAGGCCUAAACAACUUCCAUACUUCGAUCCCAUGACCAUGGACCCCUCUAUGUUCUCUUUUCCCGUUGAGAGUCUUUCCAACUACACACAAGGCCAUGAGAUGUCCCAUACUUCCAAUUCGUACUACGAUACCCACCCUUUGUUGGAGUCUGCAGAUCUGCAAAAUCCUACAUAUUUUUCUUCUAUACCAGCCACACCCCCUUCAAUUUCUGCCUCUCACUCUGCUGAGCCAUAUAUUCCCACCGGGUCUGCUGCCUCAGGACAGUCCAUUGCUAGCGCAUCCUCUUCGGCAAUGGGAUCACCAUACUCAGGAACCGCGCAUGCCUUCCAGGAGAACUGGGUGAAUACGAACCACGGAUUGGGUUUGCCAGCCGCAGUGAUGAACGACCUUUUCUCUCAGGAGUACAUGGGAAGUACGUUGGAAAUGGAAAUGCCCUACCAAGAAAAGUUCCCGGACCCUUUUGUCGACCAUCACACCUCCCCACACUCACACCCAUUACAACACACUGGACCAUCUCCCCUCAUGGUCCCACACAGGUCGCAUUCACGACCCCUGUCGAUCUAUGAUCGACGAUCGUCCAUCUCAUCAAUUCAUUCCCGACGCUCGCAACACAGCCCGGCUCUUAGCAGCAUCGAGCCUGACGAAGAUAUCAAAGAAAAAGGCCGCUGCCCACACCCUGACUGUGGCAGAGUCUUCAAAGACCUGAAAGCCCACAUGCUGACUCACCAGUCUGAGCGACCCGAGAAGUGCCCAAUCCUGAACUGCGAAUACCACAUCAAGGGCUUCGCCCGCAAGUACGACAAGAACCGCCACACCCUCACCCACUACAAAGGGACCAUGGUAUGCGGUUUCUGCCCGGGCUCCGGCUCCCCCGCGGAAAAGAGCUUCAAUCGCGCCGAUGUCUUCAAGCGUCACUUGACCUCCGUUCACGGUGUUGAACAGACCCCACCAAACUGCCGGAAGCGCAGCCCCGGGGCAACGAAGAAGGGCACCAACUACAGCCCCGACGCAACAGGAAAGUGCUCAACCUGUUCAUCGACCUUCAGCAACGCGCAGGACUUCUACGAGCAUCUGGACGACUGUGUCCUCCGCGUUGUGCAGCAAGAAGAGCCCUCGGAGGCCAUCAACCAGCAGCGUCUGGCAGAGGUCGCUUCCGACGAGGAGGUCAAAAAGACUAUGGAGAAGCACCAACUACUUGACGCGCCUGGCCCGGUCGACCAAUUCGACGAUUAUGAAGACCAAGAUGACGACGAUACCCAUGACCCUUCCAACUGGCGCGGUUUGAAGACCAAGCCCAGAUCAUCAAAGGGCAACAUCCCUGCCUCCCGACCUAUCAUCGGCUCCGGCAAUGCCGUCUCCAAGAAUUCCUCCAAGGCCCCCCGCACUGUCCCAACCCGUCGCCGCAAUAACCGCGGCAACUACCCGCAGUCUUGGGGAUGCCCCGGUGGCAGCAUGAAGACCAAGAAGCGUGUUCUGUGUGUCUUUGAUGGCCAACGCCGUCUGUGGAAAGAUGAGAUGAUGCUCAAUAACGAGUUCGAGGUCCGUCUCAGACUCCCCGGUGGGGCGGGCGAUGGCACCAACCGUGAUGCCUACGUCACUGAUCUGGAUGUCGAGACGAUGAAGCGUGCCGAGGGUGUGCUGAGUGCCACCGAGGAGGAACGUGGUCCUUGGAUGAACGGUCCUUCGCCUCAUAUUAUGGGUCAGCCGGCGAUGCUAUUACCGGAACUGUCCCACGAUGAUGAGAUUUCCCUCAAUGAAUUAAUGGCUUAA